AUUCCUGAAAUGUGACACAAGAAGAAUAGUCUUCAACAUAAAGCAGUCAUCAUACUGUCAUCUGUCAGAGUGACCUCAUGUCACUGUGGUUCUUAUCUUUUGCAUCAAAUACUGAACAAACCUAAGUGUGUAAGAAGAAAUAAGUGUUUACCCAGUGAUUACUUUCUGCAAUGAGAGCGCUACGAUUUAAGCACGUCUUUUGGAAGAGCUUUGUGGAUUCUGGGGGGAUAUACCAGACAGUGUUAAUAAUCUUCCUUCUGAUUCCUUGUUCCUUGACUGUGACUUAUAGGGCAGCACCACUUGUGCCAAAUGAGACUUUCCUUUGGGCCUGGAAUGUCCCAGCUGAAGCUUGUAUUGGAAAUAUUAGUUCCGUGUUGGAUAUGAGUUUCUUCUCUUUAGUAGUAAGCCCCUGAAAAACUGCCACAGGGCAGGCUGUCACAAUAUUCUAUUCUGACCGACUUGGAAAGUAUCCGUAUAUAGAUGAGAAAAAGACAGUAUUUGGAGGAGUACCUCAGCAGGUGAAUUUUCAAGAGCACUUGGACAAAACUAAGACUGACAUCGAGUAUUAUAUUCCAGUAGACCAAUUGGACUUAGCUGUCAUUGACUGGGAAGAGUGGAGGCCCACCUGGGAUCGAAACUGGACACCCAAGGACAUUUAUAAGACUAAGUCUGUUCAAUUGGUACAGACCCAAAAUCCAGGUAUGGACACUGCACACGUCCUUGUAAAAGCCAGAGAGCAAUUUGAAGAGGCAGGAAGAAAGUUCAUGGAAGAGACAUUAAAAUUGGAGAAAAAUCUUCGGCCCCAAUACUUCUGGGGAUAUUUUCUUUUUCCCGAUUGUUAUAAUUAUCAAAACUAUACAUGGCCAGGAUACAGUGGAAAAUGUCCUAGUAUAGAAAUAGUCAGAAACAAUAAUCUUACCUGGUUAUGGAAAGAAAGCACUGCCCUUUACCCAUUGACUUACCUGAAGAGUGAAUUGGAAUUAUCCCCAAAUGCAAAACUCUACAACCACAACCGUGUAUUGGAAGGCAUCAGGAUUUCUAAAGUGCGUGCAGAAAAUAAUCCACUUCCUGUUUUUCUGUAUACACCUGUUUUUUUUUCUGACCGGAUAUGGAACUUCCUUUCUAUUGAUGAUCUUGUGAAUACAAUUGGUGAAGCUGUUGCUCUGGGGACCAGUGGAGUUGUAAUAUCGGAUUCUAUAUCUAUAGCACAACAUGUCAAGACAGGUUGUCCAACCCUCCAUAAGUACAUGAAGAAUACCCUGAAUCCAUACAUGAUCAACGUCACCCUAGCAGCCAAAAUGUGCAGUCAAACACUUUGCGAUCAUCAAGGCAUCUGUACAAGGAAAGAUGAGAAUUCAGAUCACUAUAUUCAGUUGAAUCCAAAGAACUUAGAAAUUAAGCUUGAAGUAGUUGGCAACCCCAGAAUUGGAGAUCUGAAGUACUUUUCUGAGCAUUUUAAAUGCAUCUGUUAUACCAACACGAAUUGUAAAGAGAGAGUUGAUAUUGAAAAUGUGGAAAAUGUUAAUGUGUACACUCGCAACAAUAUUUGUAUAAAUGCUGAUGUAGAACCUGAUGCAGCAGUCUAUCUCCUACCUGGAAAAAGCAUUGUCUUUUUCAUAGCUGUCACUCACAUGCUCUGUCAUCUGCUCUAGGGGCCACUGACUUUCCUAGGGCAAGUAUCAGUGGGUGCCCCUUAGUUAUAUCUGCUCCCGGCAUUUGAAAUAUUUGUUAUAGUCUUGUGUUAACUCAGAAAAGCAAA